AUGCCGACCUUUAACCCCUUCUCCUCCGUCACCGGACGCAACAGCUACAGCCUAUUUGAUAUCCGCCUCGACCAGGACUUCAUCGUCUUCCGCGGCAACGACCAUGAAUCUGCUGGCCAGCUCCUCAAGGGCGUCGUCGUCCUCUGCCUAUCACAGCCCCUGCGCAUGGAAGAUAUCCACCUGCGUUUAACAGGAACGCAUCGUGUCUCUUGGGCCGACCCCAGAUCCAGCACUCCCGCUGUCGCUGGCCAAAAGGUUGACAAAACGACCGUCAUUCUCGACCACCGAUGGACACCCUUUGUCGGCACUCACGGAAAGAGCAUGACCCUGCCCGCCGGCAACUACGAAUACCCCUUCGACUUUACACUCCCCGGCGACACGUCAGAAAGCGUCGAGGGUAUCCCCGAGGCCUCCAUCACAUAUCGCCUCAAAGCGACCGUCAGCCGUGGCAAGCUUGCCUACGACCUACACGCCUACAAGCCCCUUCGCAUCAUUCGUACGCUCGAAGCUGACACCCUCGAAUUCCUGCAUGCGAUGAGCGUGGAAAACAUCUGGCCCAACAAACUGGAAUACUCGAUUGUGGUUCCCCAAAAGGCCGUCGUCUUUGGCGGCGUCGUCGACAUGGAAAUGCGAUUCACACCCCUGCUCAAGGGCCUCGAGCUGGGCGAAGUGACGGCCAAGAUGAUUGAAACCCGCGAGUGCGUCAUUCAGGGCUCCACCGGCGUCAAUAUUCGCGAGCAUAGAACCGAGCGCGACGUUGCGACUUGGAAAUUUGAUGUGAACCGCGAGGAACACUGGCACGACAUGAUCGAGGAGACUGGACAGGAGGGCUGGGCUCUCACCAAGCAGCUGAGCCUACCCAAGAAGCUGCGUCAGUGCAUCCAGGAUAUCAACCACCACGGCAUCAAGGUGCGCCACAAGAUCAAGGUGACGGUGGCCCUGAAGAACCCCGACGGUCAUAUCUCGGAGCUUCGCGCUACGCUACCCGUCUCUAUAUUCAUUUCUCCCAAUAUGCCAUUUGAUGAUCAGGGCAACAUGGUCAGCCAAGCGCCUACCGAGGGUGGUCUCAGCCAACAAGCAGCUGGUGCGGCUCCUCCCGGCUAUGGUGCACAUAUCCUCGACCAGCUCUACGAGGACAUGGAUACUAGCGGUUUCCAGACUCCAGGCAUCCAGUCUGGCGUUAGCAGCCCGUUCUAUGCGCAAUCGCGUAGCGGCUCUGCCGAAAAUUUGCACGGCAUGAGCCACAUGUCUCCUAUUGCACCGGCCGCUCUAUCUUCACGACUAGCGGAUGUCUCUCUGGAUCCGUCGCAACGCAGCACAUCAUACUACUCGCUCAACUCGCUCUCGGGGCGUGUAUCGCCCAACCACGGCGUUGGCACUGGUACCGGCUCGGCAGCACGAUCGGAACCACCGUCGAACAGCCUUACGCGUAGCAACAGCGAAGAGGAGGGAUCCGACCGGGCGUCCACCGAGCAUGUUCACCUCGACCCUACUGAGUUUGCCGAGCUCAACCGCGUACCCAGCUACGCGACGGCGGUGCGCACGCCAGCCCGCUCGCGCGUGCAGACACCCGGAGGGCCGCUGCCCGACUACCAGACCGCACUCAGCGCUCCUCGCACCCCACCUGCAACGGAGAACGGGCAGGAGAUUCUGUCGCCCAUCACCGAGCGCGCCACCGAAGAGUACAGCGUGCAGCGCCCGGAAAUGUCGAGAAGCGCAUCGAGUGCAACCGGCGGAGUGCAGCUCUCUGCCUAG